AUGAUUUACUCAUCAAAAUAUCAAAGCUCCCAAUCCUAUGCCGUACAUGUAGCGCUGACUCACACGCUCGUUGCGGCACGAGAGCUAUUCCGCAGAUCAAAAACAGCAGACAUCAGGAAGAGCUCCGCCCCCCCCCCCCCCCCCCCCCCCCCCCCACCGUUUCGAGCAUUCACAUGCAACGCCUUGGUCCUUGCACUUGUCAAAGUAAGAAAAACGAGAGGGUCAUGUUCCUGCACCGUUGCAAUGACCGGCAUAGAUGCCACGUAG